AUGUCGUACGUUAUCUUAGGCCGUGCCGUCAAAACUGAGUACCUCGCCAUUGGCACCAUCCUUGGUGCGGUAGGUCUCGGCAUGCUGUCCGCAGGUGGCAAAAAAGAGACUGCUGCGCCAGCCAAGACCAUCGAGCAGGUCAAGGAGACCGUAAAGUUCACCGCUGGCUCGAGUGAGGAAGAGGAAUUCAUCAAGAAGUUCGUCGCCGAUGCAGAGAAGGAGGAAGCGAAGCACUAG